UUAAAACGGUUCUAUUGCUUAAUUACUGUAUUUUUUUUAAUUUUCUUCUCCCAGUCCCAGUGGGAAUUGGUCAAGAAACCACAACCCCACUUCUCCUCGGAGACUCCUGUAUAAAUACUUCCUCAAGUUUUCUGGAUACACAACUCUUAAGCCUCACCUCAUCAGGGGACAAUUUCAGGACACACGCAGAUUCUGAAACUCGUUCCCUAAAGGCAGAAUCAAUCCCCCCAGGCGUCUCUGUAACUGAUCAUCGGAAUUCAGAUCAGUAGCCAUGGAUAAAUCUCUGACAACUGCUUUAUUCUCUUGUGUUCUGCUUAUCUCCUUGUGGGUUCCCUCAUCUUUGGCUCAAACUUGCGGAGGCCAUACGUUCUCUAGCAAUCAAGUAUUCAGCAGUUGCAGUGAUCUUCCUGUUUUGAGUUCUUACAUCUACUGGAGUUAUCAUCCAUCAAAUCUCACAGCUGAUAUUGCGUAUCGGAAAACUGGAGCAUCCACCGCCAAUUGGUAUGUGUGGUCUCUUAAUCCAAGCGGCCAACGGAUGGUUGGGUCACAGGCUCUUCUGGCUUUUCAUAACUCCAGUAGUGUCCCUGUUGCUUAUACCACCAAAAUAGACAGCUUCUCCCCGUCGAUGCAACAGGGUGACUUGGAUUUUCAGGUCUCAAACAUUAAAGCAGAGUAUUCAAACGGCGAUAUGAUAAUAUUUGCUACUCUGCACCUUACGAGUAGCUUGUUAUCCACCAACCAAGUGUGGCAGGAAGGUACCGUGAGCGGAACUUCUUUCAAUCCCCACUCCAUGGAUUCAGCAAACAAAGCAUCAGUGGGAACUAUAAAUUUUGAGACUGGAACAACAGUUGCCGGAACUGCUCCAACAAGCAGCAAGAAGAAUGUUCAUGGGGUAUUGAACGCAGUGAGCUGGGGAGUUUUGAUGCCUAUGGGAAUCAUGAUAGCUAGGUAUUUGAAGGUGUUCAAAGUUGCAAACCCAGCUUGGUUUUAUCUACACGUUGCUUGCCAAUCCUCUGCCUAUAUCAUCGGAGUUGCUGGAUGGGGAACCGGUCUUAAACUCGGCAGCGAUUCUCCUGGAGUCAAAUACUCCAAGCACAGGAACAUCGGCAUAACCCUCUUCUGCUUUGCAACUCUUCAGGUAUUUGCCCUGUUGUUGAGGCCAAAGCCAGAUCACAAGUACAGAUUGUAUUGGAACGUCUACCACCAUUCUAUUGGAUAUGCAACCAUUGCUUUGAGCAUCGCCAACAUCUAUGAAGGUUUUGACAUUCUGGAUCCUGAGAAGAAAUGGAAGAGGAUUUAUACUGGAAUUAUCAUAUUCUUGGGUGCCGUUGCAGCUGUUCUAGAAAUUUUCACAUGGAUUAUAGUCAUCAAAAGAAAGAAAACUACAAGUUCUGAUAAACAUGCCAAUGGAACAAAUGGGGUUAAUGGAUAUAGUGCUUAGAGCACAACACACAUAUGUUACAUAGGACCUAUUUAUGACUUUAGGCUUGUCUUUAUUUUUUCUUUUUUAAAUAUUUUUUCUGAUACAGAGAUUUACUUAUAUCUUUGUAGAGAUCAUUUGUGUUAGGAAGAUAUUUUGGUGUGUUAUAGAAUACAGUGGAUUUUGAGAUAUGAGAUUAAUAUUAUAUUUCAUUUUUUUAGCCUUUA